UUCAUAACGUGUUUUAAUUUAUCAAGCUACAGGGAGCUGUUGCAGUUGUGUAAACCGGAUGCGAGUCAAAUUUUUUUGCUUUCACUUUCUCUUCAGCGAUAACCUCUUUUGAUCUAGCAAGGGAUCUUAUGGUACUUUCCUUUUACUGACUUCACAUCUGCAUUUCCGACCACCCGGCGCACCCACUCAUGAAAGACUGCGUUUCUAAGUUAGAUUUGCCCUAAAUAGGUACUUCCCCAGCAAGUUUUUUUUUUUUUUAGUCUGCGUCAUUUUCCUGCGUAGUUUCCUCGGUUCCGGCUCUUAAAUGUUUUCACGGCUGUAAGGUAAAUCAGUUCUGUACUCUUUUUAGUUAACGACACAUUCAUUUAUCGCUUUUCGUGAUUGUUUUAAUCCGAUCCGGUUACAAGUAUAUGUGUCCAUAUCGUUCUUUAGUUCUCGGUAUGUUAGUCUCCAGCGCUCUGCAGGCCGUGGCAUUUCCGGACCACCUUCAGCUGAUCAGUGAAAUACUGGAUUCCCUGAACAGCUGUGAACGCAGGAGACUCUGCUACCUGUGCGAGAGGAUGGACGCAGACUGCGGUGUGGCCUCCGUGAAGGAGAUGUUGAAAUCUAAAAUGAUGUGCCAAGAAAACGCCCAUCUCUUUCUGGAAGAGCUCAUGUGGCGAUUGGGACGCUUUGAUAUCCUGAAGAGGGUGCUUAAAGUGAGCAGAGACGACGUAGAGAGGAGUCUGACAUACAGACAGCUUCUCCCGAGAUUCAGAGUGCUGGUGGUGAAUAUAAGUGAGGAUCUGGUUAUUUCGGAUCUGGAGGAUAUUAAAUUUUUGUUGAGCCACACAUUAUCCCGUGAGAGGAUUGAGAAUGCAAAGAAUUUCCUGGAUGUGAUGGUUGAACUCGAGAAGCUCGAUUUAGUUUCACCCGAGAGGGUCGACAUUGUGAAGGACUGUUUGACUCAAAUUGGCAGGCUAGAUCUCGCCAAAAAAGUGGCCACUUACAAGAUGUCAGCUGGACUACCUGAACAGAAUUUACCGCAGCAAAACUAUAGAGCGUCUCCAAUAAGACAAGGACCGUCCUUUCGCGUUGCCAGAGUAAAUACUCCUGUAUACAGAGAGCAGAGCUGUGAGGCUCAGCUCGAGUGCUACAAAUUUAACACUAAUCCCAGAGGAGUUUGUGUGAUCAUAGACUGCGUGGGCAAUGAUGGAGAAAUGUUGGAAAAGACAUUUAAGGCUCUUCACUUCAGCGUGAUUCUCUGCAAGUGGCUGAGUGCUGAUGACACUCUUUCAACUCUCAGUGAAAGAAUCAGACGGAGGGAGAACCACAGCGGUGAUGCUUUCGUCUGCUGCAUCAUUAGCCGUGGUACAGCCAAUCAUCUCUUGGGUACAGACAUGGUUGGCAGAGGUCUACCUAUGGACGCUGUCAGACGUCUGUUCACCGCUGAAGAGUGCCCCAUGCUGUCUGGAAAGCCCAAAAUCUUCUUCAUCCAGAGGUACAGCGCUCCACAGUAUAUGCCCUGCGCCAGGGUGGAGCACCGGGAUGAGGAUCUCGAGACAGACGCCGGCGAUUGCCACCCCAUAUGCCAUUCUAUCCCUACGGAUGCAGACGUGUUCUGGAGUCACUGCUGGACAGAUGAAUGUCAGCUGGAGCAAGGACAACAUCGCUCGGUUUACCUGAAGGCCCUGACAGACGCCUUAGAAAAACCCCAAAGGAGGAAAACUCAUCUGGUUGACGUUCAUACGCAGGUGAACGGGGUCGUCUUUGAACACAACAAAAGGCAUCCAGAUGAAAACUAUUACAUUGAUGUAAAACACACUCUAAGGAAGCAUCUUUACUUAGAAUGAAGGAUUUAUCAUCAGAACCUUCAAUAAUGUUUGACACAUUCUAAUAGUGCAUGUCCUUUGCCAGAGAAGAACAGUAAUACUGUGUAAAUACUGACACCUUCUGGUUGUAUUUAAUCAUCAGAGAUGAAGGAGAAAAACUGUUUAAUUGCUAAUUUAAUUGCAUAAUUUAAUUUAAUUUAAUGUUUUUAAUUUAAUGUUCUUAGGAAAAUUAUUUUUUGUGUACCUACAUAGUUGAAUGGUGUCAUCACAGACAAAUUUAGUUUCAGGAUAAAACUGUAGUAACAAUACAUCCUCAGCUGUCGAUCUCAUCACCACAGACAGCAGCCAACAAAGAAAGCAGCAUGUCAUUGAACAAUACACUGGCUUGUAGCAGAAACAAAUAUCAAAAUAUGAAAGAUUGAAAGAAAAAAAAACAUUUUCAAGUAAAGCUCAAAGACAGCAACACACUGUACUCACUUUAACAUAUUUUAUUUGCAUUAAUACUUCUUGCCACAUUAAGAGCAGCUAAAGUUGACGGAAUAAAUUUCAGAGCCGUACUUUGUUUUAACUAUUAUUUUGUUAUUUUUUUUUAAACGUAUGUAGAGGCACAAAUAGUUUGCAGUGAGUAAACACUAUAUUUAGUUUGCACUAUCUACUGGAUAUAUAUUUUUCUAUCUGUUGUCACUCAGUGCUUUUAUUAUUACAUUUAUAUAUUUUUUUUAUUUUGAUGUAUGCAUUUUCUGCAGUUUUUUCCUUUAAAUUCUGAACUGUUUUUAGUUUUUUUCCUACCACAUAAAUAAAACCACAAUUAUUAUUAAUAAUAAUUAUUAAUAAUGUUAAACUAUAUUAGGUAUUAGAUACAACAAUGUGAACGAUUAUUGGCAGAAUUAUAGUACUUUGUACGAAAAUGACAAAUGUGCAUAAUAAAAUGUGAACAGAGACAAACUAGUAUUAAGAAAUACUUCAAAUAAUCACAAGAAUAAACUGAGUUCUCUUUGUUAUCGUACUUUGGAAGAGCAGCUUGUAUGUUAAGUGUUUGUUGUGGCUUUUUUUACUUUCCAUUUACGCAUUUUUAUGUUUGAAACAUUCUAAUAAAGGCAAAGAAAACACUUGG